UAAAACGAUACUCGCACCUUGGGUCACGUGAUUCAUUAAAAAUUCAUGGUUUACAUGUCAUAUAUGGAAAUCCCCCGGCAGAUGUCAAAAUGGAUGGUGGGAUGAAAGAGCCCCUGGUGUACAAUGAGGAACCGUUGAGUAGUAAUGGCGUAGCAACACCUGUGGACCAAAAUCUUUCCGCCGGUGCACUGGAACAAAUAACACUGACCAAUGGAGAUGUCAGGUCAGAAGAUACGUAUAUUGUUAGCAGUGUUCAACCUGGUAUAUACUCCGGAUUCACACCUGACUAUGGCACGACAAGCACCGACGGUAGACCACGAGGUGGCGUGUGGACUAAAAAGCAAGUGUUUGGUGUAGAUGAGAACAAAGCUCGUGGUAACUGGACCGGCAGGUUCGAGUAUAUACUGUCUAUGCUAGGGUAUGCCGUAGGACUUGGGAACGUCUGGAGAUUUCCUUAUUUAUGUUAUAGACAUGGUGGCGGGGCAUUUCUAGUCCCCUAUAUUCUUUUCAUGACGUUUGUUGGGAUCCCGUUGUUUUAUUUGGAGUCCAGUCUUGGUCAGUUCACCAGUUGCGGACCCACGACUUGCUGGAAUUUCUCCCCACUGUUUCAAGGUUUAGGUAUAGCAAUGAUGAUAUCGUCCUCUAUUAUAUCCGGCUACUAUUGCAUGAUCAUCGCCUGGUGCCACUUUUAUUUCUUUGCAUCCUUUACGAGUAAUCUCCCUUGGUCAAAAUGUAGCGAAUGGUGGAAUUCAAAUGACUGUAGCGAGAGAUUGCCAGAUGUUGCGUGUAAUAGUACUAUAGAAGAACGUCGCCCGGAUGGUGAAUGUUAUAAUGCUGGAAACUUUACUGGGUUGUGGGACUAUGACUUAUUCAAGAACGUAACGGGUAGAGAGAGAGUAGCCCCGACAAAGGAAUAUUGGGAAAACUAUGUGUUACGUUUAAGUGACGGGAUAGAGCAUACAGGGACGCCACAAUGGCGGCUCGUACUGUGUCUGCUGUUCUCGUGGACGCUUGUUUUUCUAUGUCUGAUCAAGGGUAUUAAAUCAGCGGGAAAGGUUGUUUAUUUUACUGCCAUAUUCCCUUACGUGAUCCUUGUGAUCUUGUUUUUUCGGGGUGUUACUUUAGAAAAUGCUGGCGAAGGCAUCAAAUAUUACAUCACUCCCGAUUUUACCAAGUUAGUUGAUGUAACCAUAUGGAAAGCCGCAGCUGUACAAAUUUUCUAUUCUAUGGGUCCUGCCGGUGGUGGAAUAAUAGCUCUGUCAAGUUACAAUAGAUUCCAUAACAAUAUAUUAAGAGACUCGCUGAUUGUCUCCCUUGGUAACUGUAUGACUAGCAUAUUUGGUGGCUUUGUUAUCUUCUCGUUCAUUGGUUACAUGGCGGGUCAACUUAAGGGCGACGUGGAUCAUGUAGCAGACAACGGACCGGGACUAGCGUUUGUAAUUUACCCAGAAGCUGUUCGUAGUCUACCAUUACCUACGUUCUGGUCUAUUAUAUUCUUCUUCAUGCUCAUCACACUUGGGUUAGACAGCCAGUUUGCGUCGGUGGAAGCUAUUUUGACGGGAAUACAAGAUAUCGUGCCAAAAUGUAGAGAAAAGAAAGUGAUUUCAAUAUUUAUUAUUUGUGUUGUAUACUUCUUGUUAGGUCUACCAUACACUACCAAGAGUGGUAUAUACUGGGUAACGCUCGUAGAUUACUACGCUGCAGCAUGGGGUGUGUUACUAAUUGGCCUCCUUGAGGUUACAGCUAUCUCAUAUUGUUAUGGGGUACGAAGAUUCUGUAUGGACAUUGAAACUAUGAUAGGUCCCUGGUCAAAGAUAUACUGGAUGAUAUGUUGGAUAGCCAUUACUCCAGCCAGUAUUGUG